AUGUCUGUCAACGGCCACCACACCGCAUACAGCCCGACCUCCGUGUCGUCAUCCGCGUCUCACGGUCUGUCCCACCACAACAAUAUCCUGACAGCAUCAAUCAUCUCGUCCACCUCAUCCCGGCAUCCCUCAGCAAUAUCCAAAACCUACCGCCAAGCCUCGACGCUCUUCCUCACGCGUCGUCUUCCCGAAGCUCUAACAACUCUUCUCCCUCUCAUAACUCCACCCGAAGCUAUCGAUGAUGGCGAGCCUGCACCAGUCACACGUGCCUCAAGGACAACACGCGUCAAGGUCUGGAGCUUGUAUCUGACCAUCCUCAAUGCCAUCAUCGAGUUGGAACCCGAGGAGGGCAAGGAUGCCUUUGGAAACCAGGAGUGGAGAGCCUUGUGCACCAAGGUCCGGGAAGGAGAGAUUUGGGACGAGGUCGCCAAGAAUGGUUACCACGGCGUCGAGGGUGACGUCGAUUCAGACGUUGUUAUUAACUUGGCGACAUUGCUGCUCGCACACGCUCGCGACCAGACCCUCAACCAGCACAAGCUCGAGGCUUACCUAGCCACCACAAACACCCCCGACCUCGACGUCGCGGGUCGGCUCGCCGAAUCGCCGAGCUCGCGAAUGUCCAAUCGCUACCGCUCUCCAGCCAAAGGAGCGAGCGGCGCCGACACCCCCAGAGACCUCAACGCCCGUGUUAAGAUCCUCGAGCUAUACACAUUACACGUACUCUUGCGAAACAAUGAAUGGGACUAUGCCCGCGAGUUUAUCAGCGCUAGCCCCGUCUUGGAUGAAGAGCGUCGCGAAGCGUUCCUCCAGGCAUUGCAAAGCCUCCAUGAGGAGCAACAAGAGCAUGAGAGGCUUGAGAAGGAGGAGCGUCAACGCCAGGAAGAUGAGCUGCGGAAAGAGAUUGAGGAAGCCAAGAGGCUACGUGCUGAGAAUGAAGAGAAGGAGCGGAAGCGGAUAGAGGAAGAGCGCGCAAAGCGCGAAGGGAGCGAAGUCGACUAUGGAAUCGACGAAACUCGAAGUCAAAGCGGGUCAACUCGGCCACGACAUUCCAGAGCACCAUCAACCGCAUCCUCGAGACCAGCCAAGCCAGCUCGACCAGCGACAGCGAGGUCAAACGGCAAGGCCGUCGCGAAUGGCAAGACCAUCUCGCAGCCCCCUACACUUACCUCUCGUGCAUCGAUGGUUAUCACACGGCUACGGGCCGUUAUUGAGAACCUAGGGUCUACGCUCAACGCCAACCCCUCGCUCGUAUUCAAACUGUUGGCGUUCAUUAUGGGUUUCAUUCUCAUGUUUGGCCAUGCUGGCCUUCGUGAGCGGGCCAAGCGGAUACUAGCGGCCUCUUGGAAUAAGGUCAAGGCGACAGCUGGGAUGGGAGUCAAGGUCAGCUAUAUCUGA